GUUUUCUCUGUGAAUGAGCUCCAGAAAAUAGCAGAUUUAUGUAUUCGGCACAACCUCCUCUGCAUCUCCGACGAGGUCUAUGAAUGGAUCGUGUUUCCACCGAACAAACACACAAAAAUAGCCUCGUUACCUGGCAUGUGGGAGCGCACUCUAACGAUAGGCAGUGCUGGAAAGACCUUUAACGUCACUGGCUGGAAGACCGGUUGGACAAUCGGUCCGGAGAGGCUUAUUGCGGCGAUGCAAAGCAUCCAGGAAUACACCAUUAACUCCUGUCCAACGCCCAUUCAAGAGGCCUUGGCCCGCGCCUUCGAACACGAGCUGCCGCUGAUGGGUACCCCGGAGUCCUAUUUCCAGGAAAUUACAUCCCGCGUUCAACAGAAGUGUAAUGUACUGGCCGCUGCUCUCAAUCGAGUCGGUAUGACCCCUGUACUGCCUCAGGGCGGCUACUUCCUAAUGGCGAAUAUCGAGGCCAUACGUAAGUGCCCUUUGCUGGAUCUACUAGUAGUGCCUUGA